AUGACACCUAUCGCUGCACUUCAGGCAGCCGCAAUGCCUGAACUGUAUACUUCAAUGCCUUCCAGCCCACAGAUCAAUGUGCUAUAUCUAGCCCCAGGACAAGAAAUCAUCAGCCCAGAACAAGUUAAGGCAUCGAAUCCGGAGAUAUUGGCUACGGGAGCCGGCACACAACUUGCGAAGAUGUCGCCAUCAAUGUUGGUGAAAUACGGUACCCAUGCGUCUCUUAUCGAAGCUAAGAACAUGCUGUAUGUGGCUGAGAGAACAUCGAUACCUGUCCCGAGAAUAUUUGCAGCAUAUGCAUAUGGGCCUCUAGACCGAGACGUCGAUGACUUUGGGAGUGUCUACGAUACAUACAUCUUCAUGGAGUUCAUCGAAGGCGAAGACCUAGAAAAGUCCUGGGGAAGAUACACCUCUACUGAGAAGCGAAUGAUCUCAACAGACCUCAAGAUGCAUAUGACAGAGCUUCGCUCGCUUCCGGCGGCUGAUUACAUCGGUUCCGUGCAUAAGGGACCAGUCACCGAUGUUAUUUUAGAAUGGUCUACAACUUCAAGAGGUCCAUUUAAAAGUGAAGCAGACUUCAAUGCUACGAUCGUUGACACCUUUGUCGCUAAAUCAAAAGGCCAGAUUGGUCCCUACAUCCGUGGCAUGGUUGAUACACACAAGCAUGGAAUUGUCUUCACUCAUGGGGACCUUAGACCUAAUAACAUUAUUGUCAAGAAUGGUCGCGUGACAGCAAUAAUUGACUGGGAGAUGGCAGGGUGGUACCCGGAUCAUUGGGAGUUCGUUAAAGCAUUUCAUCUCGAAAUGUUCACCAAUGACUGGGCAUCACAUUUACUAGACGUUCUCACACCUUACUAUUGUGAGCAGUUGAUGCAUGCUAAGUUAAUGAGUGUAUUAUGGUAG